ACGAAUCCUCUCCUCAUAGGAUGUUUACACCUGGGGAUCUGGGAUUGGAAACGCGAAGGUUGUAAUGAUCGCUGAGGAUUCUAGCAUGACGAACGGCCGUGGUAACGCGUCGACGACGACCGAGCCGACGGCGAGGCGGUGAACGGGCGAGGCGGAGUCCGCGACGUCGACGUGAGUUUUAUUCCGGCCAGUCCCAUCCGCUCGGUCGAAUGCCGAGCGUUGCCUUCCCCGUGCACAAGUAUAUUUGGUCCCGUGAAUAAAUUAUGAGCGUGGACAGCGAGAACAAGUCGAGCGAGACGCGAGCGAUCGUGCCGUAUAGCGCGGAGAACGGCACCGACGAUGGCAUCGAGGACGGGCCGGUGACUCCGGAAAUGGUGCUCCGACUGCCCACCAUCACGGACAAGUAUCUCUGCUCACCAGAGGCCAACGUCUACGACAUAGACUUCACAAGAUUCCAGAUCAGGGAUCUAGAAACUGGUGCUGUGUUAUUUGAAAUAACAAAACCUCCCGCUAGUGAAUGUGAUGUUCAUCAAGAACCAGAACCAGAUUGCGAAGAACUCGGAUCCGAGGAUGCAAAUACGGGACGCUUCGUGCGGUAUCAAUUCACACCACAAUUUUUAAAGUUGAAGACAGUUGGGGCAACAAUCGAAUUUCUAGUGGGGCCUAAGCCGAUCAAUAACUUCCGGAUGAUCGAACGGCACUUUUUCCGAGACAGGCUACUGAAAACUUUCGAUUUCCAAUUUGGAUUUUGCAUACCAAAUAGCAAAAACACAUGCGAACACAUCUACGAGUUUCCAACAUUGCCUGCGGAUCUAGUUUCCGAAAUGAUCGCGAAUCCCUUUGAGACGCGAUCAGAUUCAUUUUAUUUCGUCGACAAUCAGCUUGUGAUGCACAAUAAGGCCGACUACGCAUACAAUGGUGGGCAUACAACGCACGAUAUAUUGUAAUAGGCGGUUUGUUGAUUAGUACUAUUGCAAGUGAUAUAUAGGGUUAUAAAAGUAUGUCACAGUUACACAUGUUACAGCGUUGAUGAUGAUAAUGGUGAUAAUAACUGGUUUGCACAUUUGGCUAGCGUUUAAAAUUUCGUCUUUUGGCACAAAAACGCUUAAAAAAUUUGCGUAUCAGCGUUUGAACGCGCGAAUAUUAUCGCAACGGAAAUGUUUUAAUCCAAAAGCUACACUUGAUUUGUUGGCAAAUUGAAUAGUUCCUAUUUUUUCUUUAGGGAAGAGACCGUUAUUUAUUUAUAAAUAAUUAUUGAAUCAAAGUGAUACUUAGUUUUAUAGAACAUUUUAUUGGCGUCUGUCCUUAUACGAUGCGUUCGCUAGCUGCGAGCAUCAUUUUUUUCAAGCACACGUAGCACAUUGACACACGUGGCCUGAGUGGAAUUACAUUUAAUUCCAUGAAUUUUCUAAUUUUUAAAGUACAGCCUACAACAAUUCCCACGACACAUGUGCGACGGAGAGCAAAUUAAAUUAGGAAUUGUUUUUUCGAUGCUUAACGGCGCUUUUUAGCUGCAAUUAUGUAACUUGCAGUUUCUUUCCACUCUUACACGAAUACUAUCAUUCAAAUACUUUUUUCACAAUUGUUCUGUAAUAUUGUGGAGUUCAUCCAAAAUACACAUAUAUAUAUAUAUAUUUACAAAGGA